AUUGGAGAAGGAGAAGGAGAAGUGGAAGUGGAAGAAGAAGAGAAUGAGGGGAUGAAUCAUGAUGAAGAAGAAGGAACAGGGGAAGGAGUUGGAAUGGAUUGAUUCGGAAUGGUUUAAGUUUAGUUAGAUUGAAGAUCAGUUUUGGAAAUCAUGGUUUGGAUAGGUUGGUUUGUAUUGUUGAUUUAUACGAAAGCAAUUUUGAAAGAUGAUUCUGUUAUACCGACAUCUACUACGUUGCAUCAAUCAUCAAUCAUCAAGAUAACACAAGAUCUAAUCCAUAUCAAACUUGGUCCGCUUUACAUUUUAGAUCUCAACAAACUUAUCAAGACUGAUCCGAUUCGAAAAGAAAGGCAUUCGGAUGAUCUUUCUUUUUCGUUUCUGAUCUUAUGAUGAUAUCUAUACACAUGUUUUUUUUUUGGUUUUUUAAGAAGGUUGUGAUAAGUUUUAAUUCGUUUUAUUUUACCUUUUAUUUCGUUUUAUUUCGUUUUAUUCCGUUUCGUUUUUUUUUCUUUCAUUAUAUUGCAUUAUUUUUAUUUUUUAAGAUAUAAAGGAGAAACAGACAGAGAGAGCCAGAUAUAGGGGUUCAGUUUUUUUUCAGUUUUUUUAUUUUUAUAAAUUGUUUCUUAGAAUUAAGAAGAGAGUUUACAGAUUUCUUUUUUUUUUGUAUCAUUAUCAUGUUUGAUUGUUAUUUUUUCAUUGUAACUUUUUUUCUUGGAUAGAUUAUC